AUGGUCAACUUGGAGUGGGUCCACAAGAUAAGUUUCCCUCGGACGGCAAACUACGAAUACGGAAUGGAGCGAGAAGAUGACACCAGAGAGGCUUUUCGGCUGAGCAAAGCGAUGAGCCUGGAUAUUCCUAGAGAGUCGAAAACCGAGGCAUCAGCCACCAGACGUAUUCUUUCAAGUGGAAGGCUCUCAACCCACACCAGCGUCACAGCAUACGAGAAAGGGGAUGAAGGCACCGCCGCCUCAGCGGCAUCAACACCAGCAGACAAGCCCACCUUUCUGCAAAGCCUCAUUAGAAAACUGCAACCCAAGACCCCGCAGCCCUCGCCAAUAACCGAGAAAUCCUCACCAAGCCUGUAUUCUCGAAAGACGACCCGCAUCUUCGCGCUGCCCCAAGCGUGGAAAACAACUUUAUUCCGCACUUCUCCGACUCCCAUUCUCACCCCCUCGGAGCCAAGCACCAUGGCCCCCGUACCCAAGCGCAACCCCAUCCCCGCCCACUGGCGCAUCGAACCGCUUGCGUCUGAGCGCAGCCUCCUGCUUUCCGAGCGCCAGAAGCGCGCUUCUCGCCGCGACAGCGUAGCCAGUCUUGGGGGUGAGAGGAGCGAUCUUGAGGAUGAGGAGGCGUUUCUGCGUUGGAUGGCGCUCGAGGAGUGGAGGGUGCAGCACAAGAUUCUCGUGGAAGAUUAUGAGAGUUUGACGGGGCAGGGUGUGGAUGCUGUUAGUGUGCUGUGA